AUGGCGGCGAUUAGUCUGGAUCCAUUUCGGAUUCUUUUAAACAACAUCAGUAACGAACUGGAGGAAAAAGAUCUUCAGAGCUUGAAAAAUGUUUGUGCACAGUGGAUUCCGGGUGGUCAGCGUGAGAAAAUCAAAGAUGGUUGGGACUUUUUAAACCAUCUCCGAAGGCUGAACAUAAUCGGGGACGAACCCGAGAAAGUGGCAAACUUGCUGAUGAUUAUCAAGGUGCUGAAACGACGGGAUUUAAGUCAUCUGGUCAAAAAGCACAUUGCGAAGUACUACGAGCAACCGGAGGAAAUAUUCAAUUCAGUAAGGGCAUCCGAGUCCCCUCACAGCUCUCUAACCAUGAGAAAUAACCAACUAGCCUUGAACAUAGAAUCUACUGCAUUUAGGUCCUCUUCGCCAUGCUGGGUUCUCAAUUGCUUUUGCUGUGAGAUCACUUGUUACAGCAGCUUUCUUAUAUUUGUGACGGUCCUUUUUGCCUUCUUCGCCGUUGCAGCCGUACUGGCGUGGUACGCCAACAUUCCUGAAGUCACCUCUUCUAUAAAAUCCAACGAUGAUUGGAACCGCGCCGGACCGUACAUUAUUGGGUUCUUGCUAUUCAUUGCAGUCUGCAGCGCUCUGGGGGCAAUUUGCCGCUUUUUUUUAACGAGACGAUAUAUUCAUCUUAAUAAUGAUCGUGAAGACAACCAAAUAUGUGAUGGGAGAUCCAUUCAGCAUGGCGCUGACAACAACUCUGCAGUACCGAAUUCGAAGGCUAGCACACCAGUGUGUACACGAGCAGGAUCACGCAGUUCCUGUUUUGCUACCCCUUCCGGUUCGGUUUCUUCUCUUGACACAGCCGCAAGUAUCGCUUAGUCGUGUGCAAAGACUCGGUAUGCAGCCAGUAAUGUCAUUUUUCCAUGAAAUGGCAAUAAAUUUAUUCCUGUUUUACCAAUCUUUGUUGGAAUUAUUUUCUGCUAGAUCUCAUUCCCUAUUCGUACAAUCAAUUAAACUUUUAAUCUCAGACUUUGGGAGCACUUUCUUAAGAUAAACAUUUAUGAAUUUACCUCUUCGAAUUGAAGCACCACAUUGACUGUCUUAUUUUCUCUCCCUUCCCUCUCCCUCCUCUUCUCCUUCUCCCUCACCCCUCCCCCACGAAACAGUGAUUUCUCCAGAAAGCAGCCAAGGAGCGCUUCUAGACAUACCGCACAGGGUUACUGAGCGGAACUUCAGAUUCACAAUAACAUGUUAUAAUUAGAAAGCAUCAACAGAUCAAGGCAAAAUUGACAUGUUGAGCAGAUGAUUACCUUUCAAAAUAGUCAUUUGAGCCCUUAAAAGGAAGUUUACAUCGGGGAGCACAAAACAUCUCUGGAAUGUGCAAAUGAUAUCUUUACUGGGGGAGCCAGAGUCCUUUCGUUUUCAAGAUCAAUUGAUUGAAAAGAUGGCAGCUGAAUCUGCUCUCGAUCCUUUUCAGAUACUUUUAAAUAACCUUAACCACGAGCUAAACGAAAGAAAUCUGGAGAGUCUGAUACAUGUUUGUGGAAAACAUAUUCCAGGCAGCCAGCGAGAACGAAUUUCUAGUGGAUGGGAUGUGUUUAACAUUCUGCGCCAUCAAAACGUCAUUGGCAGCGAGCGGGAAAAGAUUCAUAACUUGCUCGAGAUCAUCAAGGAAUUAAGGCCUAAAAGGAGAGAUUUGGUCUCUUUAGUCAAGCAGCAUAUUCGAGAUUGUUAUGAAAAUCCAGAAACGAUACUGGAAGACCUCCAGUCCAGCUACGAACCUAGGGGAACACAACCUCCUGCCACAAGCUCACGAUCCUCUUCUCCGAUUCGCGACGACGAUUGUUGUCUUAUCCGUUGUUGCGGGUGCUUUUGUAAAUGUGAUUAUGGCAAUUCAUGCUGUAAUGCAUGUUGCAAUGCAUGUUGUAAUGCAUGUUGCAUGUGGUUCGGUGCCAUUUUGGGUGGUCUUUUCUUUCUCUUGGCCAUUGUGGCUGUUUUGGCAUGGUAUUCCAGCAUCCCAAGACUUACGAAAUUGUUGAAGUCAGACGACGAGAUACAGCAUGCAGGUCCUCUUGCGGUUGGCAGUUUAGUAUUCCUCGCGGCAAGCAGCAUUGUAUGUGCAGUUUGUGUGAAGUUCCGUUUACGAAGAAUCGCUGGACAGUACGAUAUAAUCCCAGACCUACCAACAACAUUCGAUAUUCAAACAAGCUUUGCCACAUCAGAAUCCAGACGCACAAGUAGGUCCGGCGACUCAUACCGAUCGGCAGCGCCGAGGCGGAUUUACCGAGGAAGGUCCUGUAGUUCUGGGCAGUACACAGCUUCCGGUUCACUCGCUUCUAAAUGUUCAAGAGUCUCUUCCCGUACUCCACGGCUCGUUGAGGAAACAGAUGCUGUUCCAGAUGGCUUUCAACCGGACUCGUUUUGGACUCCGCGCAUGGAUGUAGAAGAAGAUGACGAAAUUGAAGAGGUGUGA